AUGGCCUCCCCCGAACCACGCAUUGUCGAGUUGGCGAAGAGAAUUGCCGCAAACACAGAGACGCUGCAAAGCUACCUCACCUCUCAUAACCUUCCCACGCCGUCCUUCGACGUCGACGGGCCCAAGGACACAUUGGUAUCAAAAACCGAGACUGAAACCGAGGCAGCCCGGGUGGCUAUUGUCGAUGACACCGAGGAGCUGCGUCGUUUGGUUCUCGGGCCCCGAGAGUAUUUGAUGAGCUACACGCACAACGAGCUCCUCAGCCAACAAGCCAUCGCACGUUUUCGCCUCGCGCACGCCUUUGCCCCUGGUGCCGAGGCUUCAUUUGCCGACAUCGCAGCGGCUACCGGGCUACCAGAGAUCAACGUUCGCCAAAUCAUCCGCCAUGCCAUCAUCAAGGACAUCUUCGUAGAACCCCGCCCCGGCGUCGUCGCCCACAAUGCCGUGUCCCGCCUUUUGGCAGAAGAUCCCGUCAUCCACGACUGGGUUGGCGCAAGUAACGAUGACCUCUGGCAGGGUGCUGCCCAGACGUGCAAUGCGCUGGAGAAGUAUCCGGGCUCGCAGGAACCUAAUGAGACGUUUCCGGAGCGCGCCCGCAGGUUUGGUAACGCCAUGCGGUCCUUUACUGAGGGCACCGGUUUUGAACUAAGCCACGUAGUCGACAACCUCCCUUGGGGAGAGGUCGGGAAUGGGACCGUCGUCGACGUCGGUGGCUCCCAGGGAUUCGCCUGCUUUGCCAUCGCUCGCAAAUUCCCCGCCCUCUCGUUUGUCGUGCAAGAUCUGGAGCCCGUCAUCCAGGCGGCCGAGAAAGAGGUGCCCAACGACCUAGUAGAUCGUGUCCGAUUCAUGACGCACGACUUUCUUCUCGAGGACCAACCUGUCAAAGGGGGUGACGUCUACUUCUUCCGCUGGAUCCUGCACAACUGGUCCGACAAGUACUGCGUCAAGAUCCUGCGUGGUCUAAUCCCCGCGCUUAAGCCGGGUGCCAAGAUCGUGUUGAACGACAAUGUGCUGCCUCAGCCGGGAGUCCUCUCUCGGUGGCAAGAAAACCGCCUCCGAUCGAUGGACCUUUGCAUGACAGAACUCCAGAACUCACAUGAGCGAGAGCUGGAUGAUUGGGCCAAAGUCUUUGAGCUGGCAGACCCACGUUUCGAAUUCAAGGGGGGCCAGCAGCCUGCCGGUUCAAACCUGUGGCUUAUGGUGGCGGAGUGGAAGGGCUGA